UAUUUAUUUUUCCUUUUUGUACUAGUAUAUUACAAUAAUGCUUUCAUUCAUGAAAAAGCAACAAUUAAUUAUAUAUCUAUACCAUUUUGUCUUUAAUCAGUAGUUGAUUAAAUUAUUCUUUUUCUGGGGUGCUAAAUAUUGAGAAUUAGAACUUGGUUGCUAAAUAGUUGAUCAGCCCACCACAAAAAAUCUAAUGGUGGUGGGGAAGAUUGAUAUGGCUUGGUUUACAGUCAAUAAAAAGAAAAUUCUCUUUUAUUUUUACAUCUUUCUAUUCCUUGGUUGCAUCCUUCUAGUUCGACGUUUCGAUCACACUGUGCCUUCAAUUAAGAUCACAAAUUACAGUAAAUCACCAGAUUCAAGCAACAAAAACAUCCCAACCUCAGUUGGAAACACACCAAAAAAUGCAAUACAUUCAUCAAAAGCAACAACAGAAUACCCCAUCAUUUGUCCCACAACAAGCACAAACCAAACAUGCCUUAAAACCAACUAUCCAACCACAAUAGAAGUCAAUGAGGCAAAUAUCAUAUCAUCUUCAAUCGACUCGUGCCCGAAUUACUUUCGGUGGAUCCAUGAAGAUUUGCGACCUUGGGUAUCAAAAGGGAUCACAAAGGAAUCAUUAGAAGCCGGAAAGAACUUCGCGUCUUUCCGGCUAAUAAUAUUGGAAGGAAGAGUAUUUCUUCAAAGGUAUAAAAGUAUAUAUGAAACAAGAGAUAUGUUUACAAUUUGGGGGAUUUUGCAACUACUAAGAUUGUACCCUGGAAAAUUGCCUGAUUUGGAUUUAAUGUUUGAGAGUGGUGAUAAACCAGUGAUUAAGAAGUUUGAUUAUGAUGAAGCUGCUGCUAAUUACACUUCACCUGUUCCUCCUAUGUUUCAUUAUUUUGGAGAUGAUCAACAUUUUGAUAUUCCUUUCCCAGAUUGGUCUUUUUGGGGUUGGCAUGAGAAAAACAUAAAGCCAUGGGGGACCCAAUUAAAUGACAUAAUUGAAGGCAACCAAAAAGUGAAAUGGGUAAACAGAGUGCCCUAUGCCUAUUGGAAAGGUAAUUCUUUAACAGGAAACAGAAGAGACCUUCUAAGAUGCAAUUCAACUCGAGCUUCGAAAGCUCAGAUUUAUGAUCAGAGUUCGCCAGAGGAAGUUAAUCAUGGCUUUAAACAAUCAAAUAUGGCAGCUCAAUGCACCCACCGGUACAAAAUAUUCAUGGAAGGAAAAGCAUGGUCGACAAGUGGGAAAUACAUACAAGCUUGUGAUUCUAUGUUACUGCUGGUACAACCGCAAUACUACGAGUUUUAUACAAGAAGUUUGCUACCAUUGAAACAAUAUUGGCCUAUUAAUCCCUCCAAAUUAUGUGAAUCCAUCAAAUUUGCUGUUGUUUGGGGAAAUAAACAUCCAAACAAGGCACAAGAGAUAGCAAAGGGUGGAAGCAAGUUCAUAACAGAGGAGCUAAACAUGAAAUACAUUUAUGAUUACAUGUUUCAUUUGUUAAAUGAAUAUGGAAAACUCAUGAAAUACAAGCCAACUAUUCCUCCUAAUGCAGUAGAAGUUUGUACAGAAACAAUGGCUUGCAAAACUUCUCUCAAAGAUAAAGAGUGGAAAUUAAAUUCCCUAGUAAAAGCUCCUUCCCAAACAAGCCCUUGUUCAAUUCCUCCUGCUUAUGAUCCUCAUCAUCUUCAAACAUUUCUUAAAACUAAAGAGGAGAUUUUGAGGGAUGUUGAGGGUUUGAGUAGAGUAGGGUGAUAGCUAAUUUUUUUGUUUAGAUCAAGUACUAUAUACGGAGUAUUGUCCAAUUUUGUAAAUAAGCACCUUUUUUUGGGGGUAAAUUAUUGGUUACGGAUCAGUUUUGUAACUAUGUAU